AUGGUCAGGCCAGAUCACGCCAGAUGGUCAGGCCAGAUCACGCCAAAUGGUCAGGCCAGGUCACGCCAGAUGGUCAGGCCAGGUCACGCCAGAUGGUCAGGCCAGAUCACGCCAGAUGGUCAGGCCAGGUCACGCCAGAUGGUCAGGCCAGCUUUGCGUGGUGACGCUGGUCUCAGCUUCCUACAGUGUCCUCACUGGCAGUAUCGCUACGGUGACGGGACGAACGCUCGCUCCUCCAGGGCACCCAUUCUCACUCCCCUGGUGGACCACAUCCAGGACAACUACAACGACUACAGUCCCAACUACCCCUACAACUACCCAACAUACCCCAACAACUCGGACACUGCCUACGACACUCCAUACGAAGACUUCUACCAGGGCUUCGAGCCCAAUAACCUGGGCAACAACCCCACCUACCAAGACUACAACCCUAACUACCAAGGCUACGAUCCAAACUACCUAGGCUACAACCCCAAUGACCAAGACUACGACCCCGACAACGAUCCGUCUGGGGGAUAUUUGGAUUAUAACCCUAUCUUCACAUACACACGACCGGUAGUCUACAAACAGGGAUCAAACCUCGGGCCAGAAGGCGAAUUUGAUGGGACUACCGAAGUCAGGUCAGCAUACAAGGGCUACGACAACAACUACAGAACUAAGGUUGGACGUAAGAAGGACAAUCUUGGUGCUGAUGGCACUCUAGAUGGGUCUACAGAACAUCAGGAUAAGUACCAAACAUAUGCCACCUACCGCCCAGUUGUAUAUAAACAAGGUUCGAACCUUGCCCCUGAGGGAGACUUUGGUGAGCUUACAGAAACUCAUGAUCAGCACCGUCAAUUUGAAUACCAGCGGCCAGUAGUGCAGAGGCAAGGAGCAAACCUCAACGCUGAAGGAAACUUUGAUGAAGAUACUGAAUACGGAGCAGAAUACUACAAGAAAGACUCAGAUAGGCUAACAAGAUGGAAAAGAGCAGGAGAUAAUCUUAAGCAAGAAGGAGAGUUUGGUGAGAUUACAGAGACUCACGACAGACACCGUGAGUUUGCUGCCCAAAGACCAGUGGUUCAACACCAAGGAGCUAAUCUUUCUACAGAGGGUAAAUUUGCCACAGACACAGAGUAUGACAAAGAGUUCUACCAGAAAGACGCCACUAAACGCACUACCAAAAGGAAAACAGACAGCCUAAAACCUAAAGGCGACUUUGGUGAGGUGACAGAAACACAGGACAAGCACCGCAAGUUUGAAGCUAAACGUCCUGUAGCGAAGAGGCAAGGCGCUAAUCUCUUAACUGAGGGAGAAUUUGAAGAUGAUACAGAGUACGUUGAUCAAUAUUAUGGGAAAGGUUCCGAGAAGCGUAUCUCAAAGAAAACCAAUGAUAAUUUGAAACAAGAGGGAAACUUUGGUGAAGUGACAGAAAAACAAGACAAACACCGCAAGUUUAACACCCAACGCCCUGUAGUUUAUCACCAAGGAGCUAACCUAGCAACCGAAGGAAACUUCACAAAUGAUACAGAAUAUGACAAGGAGUUUGCUAAGAAGAACGCUCAAAAACGUAAGGGGAUAAAAUACACAGAUAAUCUGCAGCAAGAAGGUGAUCUCGACGAGGUCACAGAAACUCAUGAUAAACACCGCAAGUUUAACACCCAGCGCCCUGUAGUUUAUCACCAAGGAGCUAACCUAGCAACUGAAGGAAACUUUUCAAAUGAUACAGAAUAUGACAAAGAGUUUGCUAAGAAGAACGCUCAAAAACGUAAGGGGAUAAAAUACACAGAUAAUCUGCAGCAAGAAGGUGAUCUCGAUGAGGUCACAGAAACUCAUGAUAAACACCGCAAGUUUAACACCCAGCGCCCUGUAGUUUAUCACCAAGGAGCUAACCUAGCAACUGAAGGAAACUUUUCAAAUGAUACAGAAUAUGACAAAGAGUUUGCUAAGAAGAACGCUCAAAAACGUAAGGGGAUAAAAUACACAGAUAAUCUGCAGCAAGAAGGUGAUCUCGAUGAGGUCACAGAAACGCAUGACAAACACCGCAAGUUUAAGACAAAACGUCCUGUAGCCCACAGACAAGGUGAUAAUCUAUCAAAUGAGGGAGACUUUGAAGACGAUACGGAGUACAUUAAUCAGUACCAAGUAAAAGGUUCGGAGAGGCGCAUAUCAAAAAAAAACAGCGACAAUUUGAAACAGGAAGGCAACUUUGGUGAAGUGACAGAAACGCAGGACAAACACCGCAAGUUUAACACUCAGCGCCCUGUAGUUUAUCACCAAGGAGCUAACCUAGCAACCGAAGGAAACUUUUCAAAUGAUACAGAAUAUGACAAGGAGUUUGCUAAGAAGACAGCUCAAAAACGUAAGGGGAUAAAAUACACAGAUAAUCUGCAGCAAGAAGGCAAUUUCGGAGAGGUGACAGAGACCCACGACAAACACCGUAAAUUCAACAACCAGCGUCCAGUAGUUCAGAAAAAGGGGGCAUAUCUUUCAACUGAGGGGGAUUUUUUAGAUGAUACGGAAUACGCCAAACAGUACCACAACAAAGAUCCGAAUAAACGUAGCUCCAAAAGAAAUACUGACAAUCUGAAAGCGCAAGGAGAUUUUGGUGAGGUAACUGAAACAAAAGACAAGCACCGUAAGUUUGACACAAAACGUCCUAUAGUGAAAAGGCAAGAAGCUAAUCUAGCAGUUGAGGGUGAAUUUGAAGACGAUACCGAGUACGUUAAUCAGUAUCAAGUAAAAGGCUCUAAGAAGCGUAUUCCAUGGAAAACCAGUGACACUUUGAAACAAGAAGGAAACUUUGGUGAAGUGACAGAAAAGCAAGACAAACAUCGUAAGUUUAACGCCCAACGCCCUGUAGUCUAUCAUCAAGGAGCUAAUCUAGCAACCGAAGGAAACUUCUUAAAUGAUACGGAAUACGACAAGGAGUUUGCUAAAAAGGAAGCCCAAAAACGCAGAGAGAUAAAAUACAAAGAUAAUCUGCAACAAGAAGGACAAUUUGGUGAAGUUACAGAGACCCACGACAAAUACCGUAAGUUAAACACCCGGCGUCCUGUGUUUCAGAAACAGGAGUCACACCUUUCAAGUGAGGGGGAUUUUAUAGAUGAUACAGAAUAUGCCAAAGAGUACAAUAAAAAGCUCCUAGUAAGUACACUACCAAAAGAAGUACACACAACUUAAAGCCUCAAGAAAACUUUGGUGUGGUUAACAGACAGUACUGUCACCACAAGUACCAACACAAGUAUCACCACCACAAAUAUCAACACCACAGGUAUCAACACCACAAGUAC